AGCAGAGCGGAGUGGCGCGCCGUCUUCUCGCGCUGCCCGGCCCACGGCCGCCAUGGGGUGCGAGCGCGGCGCCGCCCUGCUGCUGCUGCCCCUUGCCCUGCAGCUCUGCCCGGGCCGUGCUGCGCCGCCCGCGCCUCGAGUUAUUGAUCUUCUUUCCUAUGCCAACAAGAGAGAGGUAACAAGCUUCCUGCAACAAGCACUUGGGGAUCCUAUGCUGAAUGAAGUGUUCUUGCUUUCAGCAUUCAAACUGCAGCCAAAGAGCACAGUCACCGUAUUUGGCCUAUAUUCACCAGUUGAUGACAAGCAGUAUUUUGAGUUUACAGUAAUGGGACGGAUGAACAAAGUGAUACUUCGCUAUCUGAAGAAUGAUGGGAGGUUGAACUCAGUGAUUUUUAGCAACGUACACCUGGCUGAUGGGAAACCCCACACUGUCAUCUUAUGGCUGAGUGGCCUACAGCAGGAAUUCUGUACAAUAGAGUUGUAUCUGGACUGUCUGCAAGUAGGUGCUCUUCAGGAUCUGCCAAAAGCAUUUUCAACUCUAUUGGAGAGAUCAGCAGCAGUAGAGUUGCGCGCCUUCCUGAAGAAACCAGAGGAUACACUGGAUGAGCUGAAGCUGGUAACUGGAGGAACACUUGCCCAAGCAGGAAACCUGCAAGACUGUUUUCUUCAACAGAUUGAAUCUGCUCCUCAGUACACUGGUGAUUUUAAUAGGCAACUGAUGAAUCAGAUGGUGCAAAUGAACCAGAUACUGGGAGAGGUGAAAGACCUUCUCAAACAACAGGUCAAGGAAACAACUUUUUUGAGAAAUACCAUAGCUGAGUGCCAAGCUUGUGGUUUGGGAAUGGUGAAUUUUCCAACUCCGCUUCCUAGGCGUAGCAAACCCAAGUGUGAAACAAGUUCCUGCUUCAGGGGAGUCAGGUGCAUGGAGACAGCUGAAGGAAUUCAGUGCGGCCCAUGCCCUGACGGAUUCACAGGGAAUGGAGUGAUAUGCUCUGAUAUUGAUGAGUGUCAUUACAGCCCCUGCUUCCCUGGAGUGCGUUGUGUGAAUACUGCUCCAGGUUUCCGUUGUGAGACCUGUCCCCCAGGAUAUACAGGACAAACUUUGCAAGGAGUAGGACUCAGCUAUGCCAAGAACAACAAGCAGGUCUGCUUAGACAUUGAUGAAUGUCAGAAUGGUGGGCAUGGAAUCUGUGUUCCAAAUUCUCAUUGCAUAAACACUAUGGGCUCUUAUCGCUGUGGCCAGUGCAAAUCAGGAUAUACAGGCGACCAAAUCAAGGGGUGCCAGGCUGAGAGAAGCUGCAGAAGUCGAGCCCUCAAUCCAUGCAGUGUCCAUGCCCGGUGUAUUGAGGAAAGGCGAGGAGAGGUGACAUGUAUUUGUGGCAUUGGCUGGGCUGGUGAUGGUUAUAUUUGUGGAAAAGAUGUUGACAUUGAUGGCUACCCUAAUGAAGAGCUCUCUUGCCCUGCUGAAAGCUGCAGGAAGGACAAUUGUAGGUUUGUACCAAACUCUGGACAAGAAGAUGCUGAUGAUGAUGGGAUUGGAGAUGCCUGUGAUGAAGAUGCAGAUGGAGAUGGCAUUCCCAAUGAGCAGGAUAACUGUGUCUUGACUCCCAAUGUUAACCAGAGAAAUAGUGAUGAAGAUAUCUUUGGAGAUGCCUGUGAUAACUGCCGCAGUGUCCUGAAUAAUGACCAGAGGGACACAGAUGGUGAUGGGAAAGGAGAUGCUUGUGAUGAUGACAUGGAUGGAGAUGGUAUUAAGAACCUUUUAGAUAAUUGUCAGAGGAUCCCCAACCAUGACCAGGAGGACAAGGACAAUGAUGGUGUUGGUGAUGCCUGUGACAGCUGUCCUACAGUCAGCAACCCAAAUCAGUCAGAUGUUGACAAUGACCUGGUUGGAGAUUCUUGUGAUACCAAUCAGGACAGUGAUGGUGAUGGGCACCAGGAUAGCACAGACAACUGCCCCACCAUUAUCAACAGCUCCCAGCUGGACACAGAUAAGGACGGGCUGGGUGAUGAGUGUGAUGAGGAUGAUGAUAAUGAUGGCAUUCCAGAUCUCUUGCCUCCAGGCCCUGACAACUGUAGGCUAGUCCCCAACCCAGGGCAGGAAGAUGAUAAUGGUGAUGGAGUUGGGGAUGUGUGCGAGUCUGAUUUUGACCAGGAUACAGUAAUUGAUCGGAUUGAUGUCUGCCCUGAGAACGCAGAGAUCACCCUGACGGACUUCAGGGCCUAUCAGACCGUGGUGUUGGACCCAGAGGGAGAUGCUCAGAUUGACCCCAACUGGGUGGUUCUAAACCAGGGCAUGGAAAUUGUGCAGACUAUGAACAGUGAUCCUGGCCUUGCUGUUGGUUACACUGCUUUUAAUGGUGUUGACUUCGAGGGCACUUUUCAUGUGAACACAGUGACAGAUGACGACUACGCUGGUUUUAUUUUUGGCUAUCAAGACAGCUCUAGCUUUUAUGUAGUAAUGUGGAAACAGACCGAACAGACGUACUGGCAAGCAACUCCCUUCAGAGCUGUUGCAGAGCCUGGCAUUCAGCUGAAGGCUGUGAAAUCAAAGACAGGUCCAGGUGAGCACCUGCGCAACUCCCUCUGGCACACAGGGGACACCAGUGACCAGGUGAGGCUGCUGUGGAAAGACCCUCGAAAUGUGGGGUGGAAAGACAAAGUCUCCUACCGCUGGUUCUUGCAGCACAGGCCCCAGAUUGGGUAUAUCAGGGCAAGAUUUUACGAAGGCUCUGACUUGGUGGCAGACUCUGGUGUAACUAUAGACACCACGAUGCGUGGAGGACGGCUUGGAGUUUUCUGCUUUUCUCAGGAAAACAUUAUCUGGUCCAACCUGAAAUAUCGCUGUAAUGACACCAUCCCAGAGGACUUUCAAGAAUUUCAAGCUCAGCAAUUUGGCGUUGGGGAUAUUUAAGGAGUAAAAGCAAACUAGUAUUGCUUUAUUGUUUGCAAUAACAAUGUAUUUUAAAUCCUUAUAUGAUUGUUGUAAGAGUUCACAUUUCAGCUUGUUCUUAUUGAUGUGAUUGUCAGACUUUUUUGUAUAAAAGUGAAAAUAAAAAGGAGACAAAAACA